GGGUCCCGGCGCGGCGCAUGCGCGGUGCGGGCGGCGGCGCGGGGGGACGCGGUGGCGCCGGGCCCGGCGCAGGCGGGGGCGGAGGCGCGAGCGGAGCAUGAAUGGGGCAAGAUGGCGGAUCAUGUGCAGAGCCUGGCCCAGCUGGAGAACCUGUGCAAGCAGCUCUAUGAGACCACGGACACGGGCACGCGCCUGCAGGCCGAGAAGGCCCUGGUGGAGUUCACCAACAGCCCCGACUGCCUGAGCAAGUGCCAGCUGCUCCUGGAGAGAGGCAGCUCCUCCUACUCGCAGUUGCUGGCGGCCACCUGCCUUACCAAACUGGUGUCACGCACAAACAACCCCCUGCCGCUGGAGCAGCGCGUCGACAUCCGGAAUUAUGUGCUGAACUACCUGGCCACGAGGCCGAAGCUGGCGACGUUCGUGACGCAGGCGCUGAUCCAGCUCUACGCCAGGAUCACCAAGCUGGGCUGGUUCGACUGCCAGAAGGACGAGUACGUCUUCAGGAACGUCAUCAACGACGUCACCCGCUUCCUGCAGGACAGUGUAGAGCACUGCAUCAUAGGAGUGACAAUCCUGUCCCAACUAACGAAUGAAAUUAAUCAAGUAAGUGCUACAGCCUUCCUCAGUGAAGCAGACACCACCCACCCCCUGACCAAGCACAGGAAAAUCGCCUCUUCCUUCCGGGAUUCCUCGUUAUUUGAUAUUUUCACCCUGUCCUGCAGUUUACUGAAACAGGCUUCUGGGAAGAACCUGAACCUGAACGAUGAGAGCCAGCACGGGCUGCUGAUGCAGCUCCUCAAGCUCACCCACAACUGCCUGAACUUCGAUUUCAUCGGCACCUCCACGGACGAGUCCUCGGAUGAUCUUUGCACUGUGCAGAUCCCAACCAGUUGGAGAUCAGCAUUCUUGGAUUCUUCGACCCUUCAGUUGUUUUUUGAUCUUUAUCAUUCCAUCCCUCCUUCAUUUUCUCCUCUGGUUUUAUCCUGCUUGGUGCAGAUUGCCUCUGUGCGCCGCUCCCUCUUCAACAAUGCCGAGAGGGCAAAGUUCUUAUCUCACCUGGUGGAUGGAGUGAAACGGAUACUGGAAAACCCCCAGAGUUUGUCAGACCCCAACAAUUACCACGAGUUCUGCCGGCUGCUGGCCCGGUUGAAAAGCAAUUACCAACUGGGAGAGCUGGUGAAGGUGGAGAACUACCCCGAGGUGAUCCGGCUCAUCGCCAACUUCACCGUCACCAGCCUGCAGCACUGGGAAUUCGCCCCCAACAGUGUGCACUACCUGCUGAGCCUGUGGCAGCGCCUGGCCGCGUCCGUGCCCUACGUGAAGGCCACGGAGCCACACAUGCUGGAGACCUACACGCCCGAGGUGACCAAAGCCUACAUCACCUCCCGCCUGGAAUCCGUGCACAUCAUCCUCAGGGAUGGCCUGGAGGACCCUCUGGAGGACACGGGGCUGGUGCAGCAGCAGCUGGACCAGCUGUCCACCAUCGGGCGCUGCGAGUACGAGAAGACGUGCGCGCUGCUGGUGCAGCUCUUCGACCAGGCCGCCCAGUCCUACCAGGAGCUGCUGCAGAGCGCCAGCGCCAGCCCCAUGGACCUGGCCGUGCAGGAAGGGCGGCUGACGUGGCUGGUGUACAUCAUCGGCGCCGUCAUCGGCGGCCGCGUGUCCUUCGCCAGCACCGACGAGCAGGACGCCAUGGACGGAGAGCUGGUCUGCAGGGUGCUGCAGCUGAUGAACCUGACGGACUCGCGCCUGGCGCAGGCGGGCAAUGAGAAGCUGGAGCUGGCCAUGCUCAGCUUCUUCGAGCAGUUCCGCAAGAUCUACAUCGGGGACCAGGUGCAGAAGUCUUCCAAGCUGUACCGGAGGCUCUCGGAGGUGCUGGGGCUGAACGACGAGACCAUGGUGCUGAGCGUGUUCAUCGGGAAGAUCAUCACCAACCUGAAGUACUGGGGCCGCUGCGAGCCGAUCACCUCCAAGACCCUGCAGCUGCUCAACGACCUCUCCAUCGGGUACAGCAGCGUGCGGAAGCUGGUGAAGCUCAGCGCCGUGCAGUUCAUGCUGAACAAUCACACGAGCGAGCACUUUUCCUUCCUGGGAAUCAACAACCAGUCCAACCUGACGGACAUGCGCUGCCGCACCACCUUCUACACCGCCCUGGGCCGCCUCCUCAUGGUGGAUUUAGGGGAGGACGAGGACCAGUACGAGCAGUUCAUGCUGCCCCUCACGGCCGCCUUCGAGGCUGUGGCUCAGAUGUUCAGCACCAACUCCUUCAACGAGCAGGAGGCCAAGCGCACGCUGGUGGGGCUGGUGCGGGACCUGCGCGGCAUCGCCUUCGCCUUCAACGCCAAGACCAGCUUCAUGAUGCUCUUCGAGUGGAUUUACCCCUCCUACAUGCCCAUCCUGCAGCGAGCCAUCGAGCUCUGGUACCACGACCCCGCCUGCACCACGCCCGUCCUCAAACUCAUGGCUGAGCUGGUCCACAACAGAUCCCAGCGGCUGCAGUUUGAUGUCUCCUCUCCCAACGGGAUCCUGCUCUUCCGGGAGACCAGCAAGAUGAUCACGACCUACGGGAAUCGCAUCCUGACGCUGGGCGAGGUGCCCAAGGACCAGGUGUACGCGCUGAAGCUGAAGGGAAUCUCCAUCUGCUUCUCCAUGCUGAAGGCGGCGCUCAGCGGCAGCUACGUCAACUUCGGCGUCUUCCGGCUCUACGGGGACGACGCGCUGGACAACGCCCUGCAGACCUUCAUCAAGCUGCUGCUCUCCAUCCCCCACAGCGACCUGCUGGAUUAUCCCAAACUCAGCCAAUCCUACUACUCGCUGCUGGAAGUGCUCACGCAGGACCACAUGAACUUCAUCGCCAGCCUGGAGCCGCACGUCAUCAUGUACAUCCUGUCCUCCAUCUCCGAGGGGCUGACGGCGCUGGACACCAUGGUGUGCACGGGCUGCUGCUCCUGCCUGGACCACAUCGUCACCUACCUGUUCAAGCAGCUCUCGCGCAGCACCAAGAAGAGAUCGACGCCGCUGGCGCAGGAGAGCGAUCGCUUCCUGCACAUCAUGCAGCAGCACCCCGAGAUGGUGCAGCAGAUGCUCUCCACGGUGCUGAACAUCAUCAUCUUCGAGGACUGCCGGAACCAGUGGUCCAUGUCCCGGCCUCUGCUCGGCCUCAUCCUGCUCAACGAGAAGUACUUCUCGGACCUGAGGAACAGCAUCGUGAACAGCCAGCCCCCGGAGAAGCAGCAGGCCAUGCACCUGUGCUUCGAGAACCUCAUGGAGGGCAUCGAGCGCAACCUGCUCACCAAGAACCGCGACAGGUUCACCCAGAACCUGUCGGCGUUCCGGAGGGAGGUCAACGACUCCAUGAAGAACUCGAGCUACGGCGUCAACAGCAACGACAUGAUGAGCUGACACCGCCCGAGCCUCCGGCCCCCGCGGCCCCAGGGCCUUCCCACCCCGCAGGAGAGAGCAGCUGGAGCUCACCUGGGCAGGUGUUCCCGUGGGAAGGGCACGAUCCAGGAGCAGGAAUUCCAAGGUGUCUGUGUCUCUCUUUGUCCUUCCCUGGCCGGAAUGUGGAACCGGCGGCGCUCCGCUGCGAAAAGCCUGCCUUGUAUAAAACAAAAAACAAACAAAAAAAAAAAAACAUGUACAUUUUUUCAUAACAUUUUGGAGCAAGGUUUAUAUUGAGUUUCAGAAAAACGAGACAAAAAAAAAAAAAGGCAAAAAAACUGCAAAAAAAAUUCACAAAAAAAGAAAAAAAAAACAUACACAAAAAAAAAAACCAAAACGAUGAUAAAAAAAAAAGACAAAAUGAUAAAAAAAAAAAACAAAAAACAAAGUGUGAUUGAAAUUUUUACAGAGUCCUGGUGCAGCCAGUGCUGGUGUGAGGGUUGUGAAUGCGAGUGAGGAAAGCGUGGCCUGAAGCUUUACUGGGCGAGGGGGUGGCUGUGUGAAAGUGCAGAGAUCUAUUUAGUGAGACGAGCUGUAGAGAGAAGCAAAAACUCAAACAACACAAAAAAUUUAAAAAAAAAAACAAAAAAAAAAUUAAAAAUAAUAAUAAUAAUAAUAAAAAAAACACCACAAAAAAAAAAAGGCAUUGUAAAAUUCCAAAUGUAUAUUUUUUCUUAUUAAGCCCCCCUGAAAAAUCACAAUUUCCCGGUCCCGUCUGCCCUCGUUCUUGGGAACUCGAAGCCAUGACGUGACCCCUCCGUUCGUGCUUGCUCGUGGGUGUCCCUCCUGUCCCCUCUGUAGCAGUAGCCCCUCCCAGGGCCCCUUCUCCCCUUUUCCAUCCCUUUUUUCCCCUUUUCCAUCCCUUUUUUCCUCUUUUUCCAUCUCUUUUUCCCCUUUUCCAUCCCUUUUUUCCCCUUUUCCAUCCCUUUUUUCCUCUUUUUCCAUCUCUUUUUCCCUUUUUCCAUCCCUUUUUUCCCCUUUUUCCAUCCCUUUUUCCCCUUUUCCAUCCCUUUUUCCAUCCCUUUUUCCCCCUUUUCCAUCCAUUUUUCCCCUUUUCCAUCUCUUUUUUUCCCCUUUUCCAUCCCCUUUUCCCCUUUUUCCAUCCCUUUUCCCCUUUUCCAUCCCUUUUUCCAUCCCAUUUUUCCAUCUUUUUUUCCAUCCCUUUUUCCAUCCCUUUUCCCCUUUUCCAUCCCUUUUCCCCUUUUUCCAUCCCAUUUUUCCAUCCCUUUUUCCAUCCCUUUUCCCCUUUUCCAUCCCCUUUCCCCCUUUUCCCCCUUUUCCCGGGCUGCAGCCCUCCCGGGAGGCUUUGCCCAGCCUGGAGCCCCCCCGGCAGCGUGUCCGUCUGUCCUGCCGGCCGCUGGGCUGGGGGCGCCCCCGAUCCCAGGGGAGGGAGCCCCUUGGCCGUGUCCCCCCUCUCGUUGCUGCUGCUCGUGUGCUCCCCCUGCCCCGCUCCCCCCCCUCGGGGCCUCCUGGGCCUCCCCUCCCCUCCCGCCGCUCCACUCCUGGUUUAAUUUGAUUUUUCCCUUUCUGUUGCUGUGUUCGGGUUGUCCCCGCCCUGGCGGUUUGGUCCCCGGGCCUCUCCCGCGUGAGCAGCUGCUGGUUGGUGUCGGGUGUUCGCUGCAAACCGUGUAAGAUUGUGACUGCAAAUAAACUCCGUGGUUUCUACUGA